AUGAGCAGUGAGACAGCAUUCGACGUGGCUGUGGUCUCAGGCUUUCACCUGACAGUGAGCUUGGUGAUUGUGCAGAGAGAGCCAGGCGGUGUCACCACGGCCCUGCUGAGGUCUGAGGCCUGGGGGUUCCGCAUCCGACCCAGGUGUCUGGGACUGGGCGAAGCUCCCCCCUACCCAGUGAGCCUGCAGAUCAAGGAUAAACACACGUGCGGAGGCUCCCUCAUUGCCAGCCGGUGGGUGCUGACCGCUGCCCACUGCAUACUUGGCACCAAAGAGUACUCCGUGAUUCUCGGCACCCCCAAGCUGAAGCCCGUGGACUUCCCGAAGGGCGUCUCGAUCCCCGUGAAGGACAUCAUCAUGCACCCCAAGUACUGGGGCCGGACCUUCAUCAUGGGCGAUAUUGCCCUUCUCCAGCUUCGGACUCCGGCCAUCUUCGGCAAGUACGUGCAGCCCAUCUGCCUCCCAGAGGCCAGCUACAACCUGAAGGUUGGGACGCAGUGCUGGGAGACUGGCUGGGGCCAGGUGAAACAGCGCUUCUCAGCCAACUCCACGCUGACCCCAGAGCUGCGGGAAGCUGAGGUGUUUAUCAUGGACAACAAGAGGUGCAACCGGAUUUACCGCAAGAAGUCCCUCAUCCCCCACCUUGUCCCCCUUGUCCUGGGGAACGUGAUCUGUGCCACCAAUUAUGGAGAAAACUUGUGCUCUGGGGAUUCUGGGGGUCCGUUGGCUUGUGAAGUCGAGGGCAAGUGGAUUCUGGCUGGGGUGUUGUCCUGGGAGAAGGCUUGUGCCAAAGCGCAGAAUCCUGGCGUGUACACCCGUGUCACCAAAUACAGCAAAUGGAUCAAGCAGCAAAUAAGUAAUGGGGCUCUCUCAGGCCCCCAGACCUCUGCCUGGCUUCUACUCCUGUUCUGGCUGCUGCAGCCCCAGAUGGGCCCCUGA